GAUGUACUGGCCGAGAAGUACAUAUAGAAUACAAAGUGCAUAUAGAAUACAAACCUAUAAACUUUCCUAGAAUAUAAACAUGUACUCGUAAUUAAGACUGCUUUUCAGACUGAUCUCCUAUUAAAAUAACGUCAAUUGUUACAGUCACAAAAAAAUAUUCUUCAAUGUUACAAACAGUAAAUCUAAAUUUAAUAAGUUUUUUAGAGAGUUUAUUAUCCCUGAAAUUUAUACACACGAUUAAAGUGUUUAUAUAUCCUACAUAUUCUUUAACAACUUUGUGAAUCGUGAAUUAAAACCAACAUUUAAAUUAUUGUUAUAACUUGUUUUGAUAGUAAAAAAUCUGCUAGAUGAAUAGAGUGGAUUACUCAAGGUUACAUAAUGCAUGCAAGGCUGGAAACUUAAAUGAAGUAAAGUUACUUUUAAGUCAAACAGCAUAUCAGUUUGAAAUUAAUGCAAUAAAUGGGUUAUAUGGAUAUUCACCUCUCCAUGAAGCGGUUUUGGCUCGUAACCCAGAAAUUAUUAAAGAACUACUUAGAUUUGAUGCUAAUAUCAAUGUAAAAGCACAUGAUGGUCACACUCCUCUUCAUAUUGCUGCAUCUCGGAAUUAUUGUGAAUGCAUAAGUGUUUUACUUAGUCAUGGGGCUAAUAUCAACCAGCUUGACUCGUUCGGAAGAACUCCGUGUAGAAUAGCAGAAAUCUAUUUUUGUAACAAUGCAAGUCGUCUUUUACGUAGUGAAGAAAUUUAUAGUAUUCUUCGACAUCCAUUAUCAUCCAAAACACAAGUGUCUAGUUAUUUAAAAGAUGUAAAGUUAAAUAAUGUUGAAGAUAACUUUUUUCAAAAAUGUCUUGACAUAGUAGUUGAAAAUGACAAUUAUGCUGCUGUACAAGUUAUUUUAUCUUUGAAAAACCAAAGUAUAAAAGAAUGUUUAGAAAAAGCUUUCAGAAGACCUCAAUGUUCAAAAACUCUAUUGAUGGUGUUUUUAUUUUACAUUGUACUUAAAAAGUUUAAUGAUGUUUUAAAAUUUCUUAUUGAUCCUGGUACUACUGAUUUAAAAAAAAAAUUGGGUUCAUUAGAUAUAGAAGUUUCGGUUGAAAAAUUAAUUGAGAUGAGAUUAUUCAUUGAAGAAAUUAAAGGUGAUCUUAACUUUUAUGUAAGUCUUGCAUGCAGUGAAAAUGUUAAAAAUUAUGAGGCUGUUAAAGUCUUACUCAAAAAUUAUCAUUACGACAAAGAUUUGCAAGUAGCUAGUUGGAGCAAACUAAACUUAUCUUGUUUAAAAGCAGAAUGGUUCCAGGAGAUAACAAUUUUGAACUUGAAUUUACAUGAUAAUGCGAUAAAAAAUUUUCCAUCUAGUAUUACUAAUUAUCUAAAUAUAGUUAAAAUAUUAGACCUUAGCAAAAAUAAGCUCAAAGCUAUACCUCCUGAGUUACUUAUGCUUCCAAAACUACAGACUUUAUUAUUAUCAUCUAACCAACUUCAACAGUUACCAGAUGUAAAAAAGUGGUCUCCAGAUUUAGAAAAAUUAAGUCUAAAUGACAACAACCUUAAAAGCUUUCCAGAUAAUGUUGAUGGAUUAUUUGUUAAACAUAUAAAUAUUGCAGAUAAUCAGCUAAAAUUUAUUCCUGAAAGUAUAUGCAAAUUGAAACAUCUUUUUACUCUUGAUAUAAGUAGAAACUCAGGCAUUCAUCAGAUUCCUGCUGCUAUUGGUAAAAUGGAAACUCUUGAUAAUUUAAUUAUUCGUGGUUUAACGAUUAAAGAUCCUCCACUUGAUUAUUUAAAAAAUGUGAGUACAUCACAUAUAAAAAACUUUCUGAUUGCUCGCUCGAGGUCUUCAGUUCCUUAUUAUAUUAUGAAGCUCAUGAUUAUUGGGUUUUCAAAGCAAGGAAAAACAACUCUUCUUCAUCGACUUCAAAAUAAAACAGAAUACAAUGAAGAUAUAUGCACAACAGGUAUUGAUAUUCAAAAUAUUACCAUUACACGCCCUUCAAAACCUACAUAUAAUUUUCGUGCCUGGGAUUUUGCUGGUCAAGAAGAAUACUACAUCACACACCAAUGUUUUAUGUCUGGUUCAUCCUUAUACUUGUUGCUAUGGGAUAUUAAUGAAAAACUUAAUGGAGUCAAAAUGUUAAAGGUUUGGCUGGAAAGCCUUUUUGCGAGGUCUAUACAUUUUUCUUUGAUCAUUGUUGCAACCAAAGUUGAUCUUUUACAAGAUGAUUUGAAAUCAGUGAAAGAUGAAAUGAAAAGUGAAAUCUAUAAUCUUUUCCAAUCAACUCCAGCAUUCAAGAAAAAUCAUUAUCUCAUGGAUAAAUUUGCUUUAAUGUUUUUAUCACUUAAUCCUAAAUAUGAAAGCUAUGCAAAAGACAUGAGUGAUUUAAAAUCAAAAAUAUAUGAAGUAGCAUCAAAAAUGAAAUGUGAAAAUUCAGAUGAAAAUUUUAUGGGAAGAUUGGUUCCAGAGAGUUAUAUGAAGCUAGACUCUAAGAUUGAGGAAAAAAGAAAAACUUAUACAGAAAAUGAUAUACCUAUUCUAAAUAAGGAAGACAUACUUGAAAUUGCAAAAUCUCUAAGUUGCAAAGGAGAUGAGUUUACUGAAAGUGAUAUCGAUACGGCUGCUCUUUUUCUGCAUACCACAGGUACAAUACUUUAUUACAACACAACAUAUGGUGGUUUGAAAAACAUGUAUUUUAUAUGUCCAUCAUGGGUUUGUAAACUUAUGUCAAAACUGAUAACAGAAGAUCGUGUUCAUAAUUUUAUCACAAAUGGAAUUUUGCAAAAGUCACAUAUUCCACUUAUUUUAGAAAACAACUUGUGUGGAGAAACAUCAGUUAUUGUAAAUACGUAUUUAAGACUCUUAUCAGUAUUUCAAAUUGCUAUUGAGAUAGACGAUCAUAGAGUUUUUGUACCAUCAAAAUUGCCCUCUGAUGCUCCACUGUAUUCCGUUAAUGAUUCUGGACCAUUACUUAAGCGCUAUCAUUUUUUUCCAUGGAUUCCGUUUGGUUUUUGGCCACGUUUUACAAGUCGUUUUUUAGCGCUAAUCAAAGAAAUGCUAUUACCUCAUACAUUAGAAUACUUUGAGGAUUCUGAAGAACUAGGAUAUUUUUUUGAUAAAGAUGUUAUUAAAUGCUGGAGAAAAGGCCUUAUUUUUGAUCAUCCUAAUGUAUAUUUUUCUAUCCAAGAAAUAGAGUCUAAAAAAGAGGGCAUGGACACUAUUGAAACAUGUGUUCAACAUUCCCCUGUUGGUUAUCGAGUACUUAGUUAUAUUGUUGAUCAGAUUAGGACUGUUAUUCUUGAAUGGUUUCAAGGUGUUCUUUAUUUUGCAGAUAAAAUGCAGAUAGAAUCGUACUUUGAAUGUCCUACAUGUACCUCUCUUGGAAUAGAACCUCCUGUUUUAUUUAACAUAAAUUAUGCAUUCCAGAGGGUAUACCAAACUAUAGAAGAAAAGUCAUUCAGUAUACCGUGUGAAUAUAACCAUUCCCCAAGAGUUAUUAAUCUUGAAGAUUGUUGUCCUGAUCUUACAUUUCGGGAUUUAACAGAUGAUCUCAGGUUUCGUGGAAGUGACGUUAUUUAUGCAAAAACUGAUAAAAUUGCAGGAGGGCAUUGUGGCGAUGUUUAUCGUGGUAAUUUUAAAAAUGAAGUAGUUGCUAUAAAAUGUUACAAAUUUGCUAUGACAAAUGAAGUAAUACCAUCUCUUGAAAAAUUUUAUGAAUUUAGACAAGAGGUUUUAAUGAUAAACAAGUUAUACCAUCCUUGUAUUAUUAAAUUUAAAGGUGUGUCAUUUAAGCCAGAAUUAUGUGUUAUGCUAGAAUACGCUGAACAUGGUUCACUAGCAACUGUUAUUCAUGGAGCAAAUUCUGUGGUGAUAUCGCGUCUGGUAAGACUCAGAAUUUGCCAACAAAUUGCAAGUGCUUUAUUAUUCAUGCAUAAACAUAACAUUGUUCAUCGAGAUAUUAAAUCAGAUAACAUUUUAGUGUUUUCGCUUUCUCUCAAUGCAAAAGUUAAUAUUAAAUUAACAGAUUUUGACACAGCUUGUUAUAUGAGCUGGUGUGGUUUGAAGUCUAUUACUGGAACUAAAGGAUAUAUUGCCCCUGAAAUAAUUUCAUCCAAAUCAUAUUUGGAUAACUAUACUUUUAGUAUUGAUGUAUACUCUUUUUCAAACGUUAUGUACGAAUUAAUUACUUACAGAAGACCUUUUUAUCAAGUUCAGCAUAGUAACGAGAUUAAUAAUUAUGUAAGGAAAGGAUUGCGACCAAUAUUUUAUGAUGUACAUUAUGCUUUUUAUGGACUUAUAAAUUUAACAAAACUUAUGACAAUGAUGUGGCAUCAAGAAGCUUCUGAAAGACCUAAUACAAAAGAUAUUAUAAACCAACUGGGCUCUCCAGCAUUCCAGUUGAUUUUUGGAAUGGAGAAACUGCAAGGCUGUAGUCCAGGGGAAUUAUGCUACAUUCACACGACUGAUGAAUUGUGGGUGUCAUGUGACAAAUCUGAGAGUUUUAUUAGUAUCUUUAAAUUGGCGCUUGUCGGCAAUAACUCUCAAAUAGAAAAUAUGGCAAAUGAAGAGAAAAUUGAGAUUGAUGUCAAGAAAUUAAUACAAAACAAAUUUUAUGUUACUUCGAUGGUUGUUAUAGGUGACGGCAGCCAUUUAUGCAUUGUGUUAAGGAGUAAUUACGACUUGAUUUUAGUAUAUGAAGUAAAGACAAGAAAAGUUUUGAUUCGCUUUCUGAUGAAAGAAGCAAUUGUUGACUCUAUUUGUUAUAUAAAUGAUUGGAUGUUCUUGGGUUGUCGAAGUAAUCUGUCAGACGAUGUUGAACAGCCUCUAUUUUACAAAGUUAAUAUUAGGGAACUUAUCAAUAAUAACUCUUUUAGUUUAUUGAAUGUCGAACUAAACUUUCAAGAAAAUCAAGUAUUAGCUGUGAUAGCUGCUUCCUCAAAUGUUCUACUCAAAUCUGUUGGUCAGUGCAUAAGUUAUGAAAGGUUUGAUAUCUGUCAACAAGGUAUAAAAGCUUACCACAGGACUCAAAAUGUUCGAAAUAUAAUAUUUUCUUCAGAUGAAAAAUAUUUUUUUAUUUCUUUUCAAUGUUCAACUGAGAUUUUUGUAGGUGAUGCAAAUAUUGAUGCUCAAAGCGAAUUCACAAAGUAUGACUGUCGUAACGAUAUUGAAAAGUGCACUCCAUCAGUAAUAUUAUUGGAUCUUAGAGUAUCGUGUAUGUGUUCAGUCUACAAUACGUUGUGGAUUGGAACGGGAAGCGGACAUAUACUAAUAUACGAAGUGUCGAAACCUCUUACCCAAUUUAUUUUAUUACUUGCACUUCAUCCAUACAAAACUGAAAUGAGAAGGUUUGCAGUUAUUCACUGUCCGAAGCGUGAAGAUAAUGUUGAAUAUCUUGUUGCAACCAUUGGUAGAGAAUUAAAUGAAGAUGCAUUCGGUAAUAAUAGUAUCUUUAAAUGUGGAGAAACGCCUGUAGAUGAAACUGCUAAAGCACAAAAGCGUCAGCUUUUCCGUAUAGAUAAAAAAGUUGAGAAGAAAGAAAAAGUUAUUCUUAUUUGGCAAGCUUUGAUGGCUGAUCAGUAUAAAGAUUUACUUUGGGAUUUUUAAUGAAUUUUAAUUUUAAAUUUUGUUUAACUUUGACUGUACAGUUAAGGUUGAAAAAAAAUUUACACAAAUCUCAAAUUGAAGCGUUAGAGCAUUAAUUUGAGAUUUGUGUAAAAAAAUUUUUAGUGUUUUUUGUAAACAUUUUAUGCAAAAUAAAAGUAUUAUACGUUAUCAGGGCGAGAGGGUCCUUGACCCACCUACUUUUUUCAAAUAUUUCAUAUUAAGUAUAAAAUAUAAUAUAAAAUAAAAAUAUAAUUAAAAAAAAUUUCUCAGAGAAAUUUUUUUUAAUUAUAUUUUUAUUUUAUAUUAUAUUUUAUACUUAAUAUGAAAUAUUUGAAAAAAGUAGCGAAAAACCAGCGAUGCAAUUUUAUAUAGUUUUAAAAAUAUUAUUACAUAACUGUUAAUGUGUAGAUAUUAUAGUAUACGCUAGCGAAUUAAAUUUGAUAUUUUUGUAAA